AUGGGGUUAGAAGAAUUCGAGAAAGAGCUCACGCGGAGCAAGGCCAGAAGCCACGAACACCGCGACGACGACCACGACAGAGACCGAUCACAUCGACAUCACCAUCGCACACACCGACAUCGACAUCGACAUCGAGACGAAUCACGUGACGAGGAAAGGCGACAUCGACACAAGAGGCGCCGCAAAGACGAUGAGGAUGAGCAAAGACAUGGGAAGAAACAUCGAAGCCAUUCGCCAAGGCGGGAGGAGGAAGUGAAGGUGUUCGACAGUGACGACGAUGGCGAAGAUGAAUGGGUGGAAAAGGACACUGCAACCGCACCGCCGGAAGAGAAUAUCCUCGAUCAGCGCGGCGAAGACUUGAAGUCGACCAAAAUGCAACGCGAUGCUUGGAUGGAGGAGCCAUCGGCGCUCGACAUAGAUUACGUCCAGAGCAAGAAGCCGAAGGCUCCGUCCAGCCAAUUUGUGGGCGCUAAAGACUCACACGAAUUCAAAGUGCACGAGAAAGAGGUCGACCAACACUUGGCGGAGCUGGAAAGGGACGUCGACUCAGAUGGGGGAGAUGGAGUGGAGAAAGUCAAGGAAGAGCCUGCACAGCAUGAGGUCUCCUACACCUUUGGUGAUAGUGGAAGCUCGUGGCGAAUGACUAAACUCAAGGCAAUCUACCGGCAAGCUGAGGAAUCCGGACGAAGUGUAGACGAAAUAGCGAUGGACCGGUAUGGCCAUCUGCGCGACUUCGAUGAUGCUCGGGAGGAGGAGCGCGAGUUGGACCGGAGGGAGAUGUACGGCAAGGAAUACGUCGGGUUGGAAAAGCCUUCAGGAGAGCUUUUCCAAGAGCGCAAGCUAAAUUCUGGCAUUCGUCGUAAUGUCACUUCGGGCCAGCAACAGCCUGAUCUUCCCCAAGCGCAUCGAAUGCCCGAAGCCCAGCCUCCAGCCAGGACUGUACCACUGGAUCAGAACGCUCUCAACAGGCUCAAAGCACAGCUGACGAAGGCCAAGCUGCGUAAUGCGCCCAACGCCGCUCAACUCGAAGAGGAAUACAAUGCUGCUGAGGCUGCCAGUCUGGCCCCUCGGUCAACAUCAGACGUUGUGGUGCUCAACAGCAUGGAAAAUCGCAUGCUCGCAGGUGAUCGAUCUGGCGAGGUCACCGCUGUGUUGGGCAAGCGCGGCCGCGAACGAGGCCUAGUCAACGAGAAUGAAGACAUGUCUAUCGAAGAUAUGAUGAAGCAGGAAAAGCGUACGCGAGGCAUGCAUGGUGGGGAGGGCCGAGCGUUUGCUGAACGCAUCGCCAAAGACGGCAAAUUUGCCAAUGACCUGGACUACAUGGACGACAACGCUGAGAAACUGUCGAAAAAGGUCGUCAAAUCGGAUACGAAUUUACGCAAUGCGGCCAUCGGUGACUUCCAGAAAAUGCAGCGAAUCCUGGAGAAUUGCCCACUGUGCUUCCACGAGGAAACCAACCAGCCUCCUACUGCACCCGUUGUUAGCCUGGCCACUCGUACGUACCUUACACUGCCUACAGAGCCGGAAAUUGCCAGAGGCGGUGCAAUGAUUGUGCCCCUUCAGCAUCGACUAAAUCUCCUCGAGUGUGACGAUGAUGAGUGGGAAGAAAUGCGCAACUUCAUGAAGUCUCUUACUCGAUUCUAUCAUGGGCAGGACAAGAGCGUCAUCUUCUACGAAAAUGCCGCUUUCAUGGGCAGUCGCAAAGGCCACGCCGCGCUCAACGCCAUCCCGCUGCCUCACCAUCUGGCCGAAAAUGCUCCCGCUUACUUCAAAGAAGCUAUUCUGGCUUCAGAUGAGCAAUGGUCACAGCACAAGCAGAUCAUUGACACACUCGCAUUGGUGCAGAAGCCUGGCUAUGGCAAAGCCGCAUUCCGUAAGGCUAUGGUGAAGGAGAUGCCAUACUUUCAUGUGUUCUUCACGCUGGACGGUGGAAUGGGACACGUAGUCGAGGAUGAGCGUCGUUGGCCGAAGGGCGACUUGUUUGCCAGAGAAGUUAUUGGCGGAAUGCUUGACAAGGGGCCUGAGGUCAUCAAGAAGCAGGGCAGAUGGGACAGAGAUGAUAGGAGAUUGGAAAGCUUCAGAAAGAAGUGGGAUAAGUUCGAUUGGACUAAGAUAUUAAUGGAUGCGCAGUGA